UCCGACGAGGGUUGCCGGCCCCGGCUUGGGAAAUACCUGGAGAUUUUGAGGAUGUUCCAGACGUUAUACAACUACUUCUGGUGGGACCGGCUCUGGUUGCCGGCGAACCUAACCUGGGCCGACCUCGAAAUCGAAGAUGGGCGGGUCCAUGCCAAGGCCUCGGACCUCUACAUCACCUUCCCGUUUGCUUUUGUCUUCCUCCUUCUCAGACAUCUAUUUGAAAUGUACGUGGCCACCCCACUAGCCGGUCUCCUCAACGUCAAGGACAAAGUACAACUAAAAGCCACGCCGAAUCCCGUGUUAGAGACCUUCUACUCCUCUUCUUCCAAGCACCCCAAACAGGUGGAUAUUGAGGCCCUUUCCAAGAAAUGCAGCUACACUGCGCGGCAGGUGGAGCGGUGGUUCCGCCGCCGGCGCAACCAGGACCGGCCCAGCACGCUCAAGAAGUUCCGAGAGGCCAGUUGGAGAUUCACAUUUUACCUUCUUGCUUUCAUUGCUGGCAUGUCUGUUAUUGCAGAUAAACCCUGGUUUUAUGACUUGGAGAGAGUUUGGGAUGGUUAUCCCAUUCAGACCCUCCUCCCUUCCCAGUACUGGUACUAUGUCAUCGAGCUGUCGUUCUACUGGUCUCUGCUUUUCAGCGUCGCCUCGGAUGUGAAGCGGAAGGAUUUCACGGAGCAGAUCAUCCACCACGUGGCCACCCUCAUUCUGAUUACCUUCUCCUGGUACACGAACUACAUCCGGGCAGGGACUCUGGUCAUGGCUUUGCACGAUGCCUCGGAUUACCUACUAGAGUCCGCGAAGAUGUUUAACUACGCCGGCUGGAAGAACACUUGCAACUAUCUUUUCAUCGUCUUUUCUGUGGUCUUCAUCAUUUCCCGGCUCAUCAUCUUUCCCUUCUGGAUCCUGCACUGUACGGUGAUCUACCCCUUGUAUAUGUACCCUCCCUUCUUCGGCUACUAUUUCUUCAACUCCAUGAUGAUCACCCUUCAAUGCCUGCACAUAUUUUGGGCGUACUACAUCCUGCGCAUGGCUCACAAAUUCAUAACUGGAAACGUAGUGAAAGAUGAACGCAGUGACCAUGAUGAAACCGAUAGCACGGAAGAGGAGGAGGAGGAGAAGGUGGGGGCCACGACAGGGCACAGCACAAAGAACGGUCCGCUUAGCAACGGGCACCCCCUCUUGAACAAUAACCACCGGAAAGCCGACUGAUCCCUUCACCUGCUCCGGCUGGCCCAUCGUUCUGCUGCAAUCUGAGAAUUUCGAGGCCAUACCGAAAACUUUUCCGCCAGGCGAACUUAAUUCCACCGAGAGCUGAAGGGGGCCCUCCCUUCUCCGAUGUCUGUGACCCCCCUUCCUCAAAUGUUGGUGGCCGUGGGGGGGGGGGAUCUCGUGUCGCACUGAGACAGGAAGGGGCUCGGACCCUCCCGCCGUCUUGCAAUUUCUUUAGGAGAGAUAAAGCCGCUCAGACAGGGGCGGCAACUGGAAAGUUGGGUUCUUCGGGGGGAGGGGGAGAUGGACGGCCUUUUUCUCUGGCCCUCGGUCCUUCACCAAACUGCCUUAAAGAUAAAAAACCUGGGGUAAAUGUGACCCCGAGACUGUUGCCUUUUUGUUUUUCCCUCUCCUUUCUCCUCAACGACAAAUUCGCUCAUGCUGACCCAAAAGCUAUGAGAAAGGAAACACUGUGCUAUAAGUAACACACACACACCCCCUUGCACACACCCAUUCUUUUUGAUUCUCUGUUCUCGUGACAACCCCUUAAAUGACACAACUCCCCCUCACAAGUCACCGAUCCUCACCGAUGCUUCCUUUUUUUUUUCUUUCUGUGCCAAAAGCUUUGGGUCAGGCGAGGGAGAAGAGUUUGGGAUGUACCUGUCAUUCUCUGUCGGGCUCGCUCCUUAGUCUGAAGGCUUCCCCCAUUCAGCUUUGGCUGACUUGGGGGAGGGUUAGGCAUGGGGUUUACACGAGAGUAGCACUCUUAUUCCCCACUUCCUGGCCCUAGAGCGGCAACUCAUUGCGCUUGAACUUACACAAGCGGUAUACACCGUCUCAGAUCUGCUAGUUUGUUGUUUUUUUUAAUGGGGGGAUGCGUGCGAGUUGGACCUUGCCCCCUUGUUCUAGUCUCAAAGCCUCUUAAAUCCUUGAAGGUGGAGAGGUCAUGCUAUAUAUAUAUAUUUCUCUGGGGAAAAUAAUUUUUUGUUUGCAAAAAAAAUAAAAAAUCCAGAAUAUUCUUUAGAUGUUCCGAAACUCAUUGGGAUAGAUAUUACUGAAUGCCCGAAAGGCCCUUUUUCUCCACCCUGCUCCCAAGUUCGGGCUUGAUGCCUUCUCAUGGAACAACUGUACGUAGGUAUCUAUUUUCCCAAUAAAUAAAUACAUUGGAGAACUAGAGCGGUACCUUCCCGCUGCCCGGUUUCAGGGGAGUCCAUGCAUCGGAGGUCACAUUUGAGGCUGUGAGAUAAUUUGCAGUGUCCCAUUUAGCAUGUACAACCGCGUGCCCCCCCCCACUGUAUGGAUGCACACCUUCUUAGCGGCCCUCCCGUACAAAACAUACACUACUACACACACAGACGAUCCACAUACACUUCUCUCAUUUUCAUCCCCUCCCAUUUUCGUUGCUGGGGGAAAAGAAUAAACCACGCACGGCCUCUUAGAGUUAAAACGGAUUCUGUGGUUCUGAUCCGUGGAUGGUUGCGCCUUCCCCUUCCUCAAUAGCUUUUUGCGGGGAGUGGGGGGGGUUCUGCCAUUACUCGGACAGGACUGCGGGCCCCACGCGAGUUUAGCCUCCUCUUCGUGCCUCGCUCGUCCGAGCUCCGAAGCGCAAUCCCCCCCCUUAAUUUAUUAGUUAGGACUUCCGCAAACCCAGAGAGGAAACCCAAACGGGGGCCCGGUAGGAGGACGGGCCCCUACCUGGCGGGAGCAGAUGGCGAAUGCAUGUUUUUCCCAACCUAGCCACCAAGGGCUUGUGUGCAGGGGGGUGGGGCGGUACACAAGGACCAGUAAACCUUAUCUUCAGACCAAAAUGUUUUUUUUUAAAGUUAAAAUAUAUUA